UCCCUCCCUCCUCCCUCCCUUCCCCCCUCCCUCCCUCCUCCCUCCUUCCCCCACCCUCCCUCCCCCCCCCACCCCCACCAACCUCCCCCCACCCACCACCUCCAACCACCCACCCUCCCACCAACCCCCCACCCACCACAACCCCCCCCCCACCCACCCCCCUCCCACCCACCCACCAACCCCCCCACCCUCCCACCACCAACCCCCCCACCCACCAACCUUCAUCCCCCCCUCCCCUCCUUCCCUUCCCCCCCUCCUCCCCUCCCACCCCUCCAACCCCCCCCACCCACCCUCCACCUCCCAACAACCUUCCCCCACCCACCCCCUUCCUCCCCUCCUACCACCCCACCCUCCCCUCCAUCCACCCCCCUCCCACCCCCCCCCACCCCCCCUUCCACCCCUCCCCCCUCCCUCCCUCCCUCCCCCCUCCCACCUCCCCCCCCACCCACCAACCCCCCUCCCCCCCUCCCCCUCCCUCCCUCCUUCCCCCCUCCCUCCCUCCUUCCUCCCCCACCCUCCCACCCCCCUCCCCCCCCACCUCCCUCCCACCCCCCUCCUCCUUCCCCCCACCCACCCCAUCCUUCCCCCCCACCCUCCCUCCCACCCCCUCCAUCCCCCUCCCCCCCACCCACCCCCCACCCACCCCUCCCCCCUCCCUCCACCACCCUCCCCCACCCUCCCCCACCCACCCCCCCUCCCCCCCCACCUCCCCCCUCCCCCCUCCCUCCUUCCCCCCACCCUCCCUCCCUCCUUCCCCCACCCACCCACCCACCCCCCUCCUUCCCACCCCCUCCCACCUCACCCCCCCCCUCCCACCAACCCCCCACCCACCAACCACCCACCCCCCCACCCCCACCUCCUCCCCCCUCCCCCCUCCCUCCCCCCCCCCCCUCCCCCCCUCCCUCCCUCCUCCCUCCCUCCCUCCCUCCUCCCUCCCUCCCUCCUUCCCCCCUCCCUCCCUCCUUCCCCCCUCCCUCCCUCCCUCCCCCCUUCCUCCCUCCCUCCCUCCUUCCUUCCCCCCUCCCUCCCUCCCUCCUUCCUUCCCCCCUCCCUCCCUUCCUCCCUUCCCCCCUCCCUCCCUUCCCCCCUCCCCCCCUCCCCCCCUCCCCCCCUCCCCCCCUCCUUCCCCCCUCCCUCCCUCCUCCCUCCCUCCUUCCCCCCUCCCUCCCUCCCUCCCUCCCUCCUUCCCCCUCCCUCCCUCCCUCCCUCCCUCCUUCCCCCCUCCCUCCCUCCUUCCCCCCUCCCUCCCUCCCUCCCCCU